AUGGUGAAGCCUGAUCCCGUCGUAUGGAACCCGUAUUUGGGACAAGUCAGGUUGAUCAAACCCAGCAAAAAAUUAUACAUCAGUUAUAAGUAUUGUAUGGGAUACGACAACAAGAACAACCACAAAAUCUUGAGGAGGUUGUUUUAUCAAGGUACUGUUGAGUAUGAAAUAUACGAUUUUAAAUCUGAUUCAUGGAGAGUUCUUGAUGUGACUUGUAACUGGAUUAUACAUCAUUAUCGCCAGGGCUUCUCUUUGAAAGGAAAUACUUACUUUGUCGCUCAAGGAAGAGAAGAAGGUAAGGGAGACUCUGUGAUUCUAUCUUCUGUUGGUGAAGAGCAGCUUGCAGUGUUAUUUCACCGCGUGGAUACAUAUGAGAUUGAGAUACGGAUUACUACAAAGAUUGAGGCCGAUGAUGUGACAUGGACAAGUUUCUUGAAAAUUGAUGUGGAGCCGUUCGAGUCCAGUGGAAUGUUUUGGAAGUUUCUUCGGUAUGGGAUUUUCUACGUCGACGAGAAAAACAAAGCGGCAUUGAGUUGUGAUUAUCACUUCAGCAGAGCUUACGUGAUUGGAGAGGAUAAUUACUUCAAAGUAGUUUCUCUAGGAGAAUCUACAGGUUCGCCAGUUGUGUGCUCUUAUGUUCCUAGUUCGAUGCAGAUUCAGAAAGGUCAAGUGGAUAAAGCAGAGGAGCUUGAUGGUGGAGGAGGUAACAAAACGGUUGUAUGGCUUGAAGACGUCGGAGCUCUCGUGGUAACGGGACUGCAGUGGCGAAGGAAGAAGACAAUAAUGACCUCCCGGCUCUCGUGA